AUGGUAAUGCUUCACCUUCAGUUUCACAUGAAGAUAGCAAAAAUCAGUGUUAUGCUGGUUUUACAUCUCAAGUCGUGGAAAAAUGUGGAAUUUGUGCGGAAUCUCGAACUGGAUCUUGAUAACACACUCGAAGUUUUAACUCCCAUACGAAAGGAAGUUCCCCAGGAGGUUUCUGUGCUUGUAUCUCCAAGUAGAAUUGAAGAUUUUACAGAAGAUCUUCAAUCUUCGGCUAUCGCUUACACUCUGGUGGAAGAGAAUUUUCAAGAUGUCCUAGAUCAGGAUGCAAGGAUUAAUAAUUUGAGGGCUAUUUCUGAGGGAUUUGGUUGGGAUCGGUACUACAGGCUGCAAAACAUUCACAAAUGGCUAAGAAGUCUUGAAACUAAACAUCCUGGUGUUGUAACAACUGUUGUUGGUGGGAGCAGUUAUGAAAACAGGGAUCUCCUAGGUAUUAAGAUUUCGCAUGGUGCUAACAAUCCUGCUGUAUUCCUUGAAGGAGGAAUUCAUGCUCGAGAGUGGAUCUCGCCGGCAACUACAACAUUUAUCGCCAACGAACUCUUAACUAGUGAAAAUGCCGAAAUCAAGAGGCUUGCACAAACCUACGACUGGUACAUUUUCCCAAACGUAAAUCCAGACGGUUAUGUGCAUACAUUCAGAGCCAACAGGAUGUGGCGCAAAACUCGUCGUCCCUAUGGCUUCUGCUUCGGAGCUGAUCCCAAUCGCAACUGGAACCAUCACUGGAACGAAGUUGGAUCCAGCUCUUUCUCUUGUUCUGAAGUCUAUGCUGGGCCAUACACCUUUUCUGAAAAGGAAACCUCAAAUCUGUCUACGUACAUCAAGAGCAUUUCGAACUUGCGCCUAUAUGUUUCGAUGCAUUCCUACAGCCAAUUGCUACUGUAUCCUUAUGGAACGUCUGAUAAGGUGAAGAACUCCCAGGACUAUGAUAGGAUAUCCAACGCAACGGUUAGAGCGAUUGCCAGACGCUAUGGAACGUCGUAUGAAUAUGGAAACAUCGAAGAAACCAUCUACCCUGCUUCUGGAGGAUCUAUUGAUUGGGUUCAUGGAGUAGCGCAUGUUCCCCUGGCGUUCACUUUUGAGCUGAGACCUGAUUCAAAUGACCACUACGGAUUCUUGCUACCCCCGGACCAAAUCAUCCCUACAGGGGAAGAAAGUAUGGAUGGAAUUGUGGCAAUGGUUCAGGAAGCAGAGAGUCUGGGAUAUAUGAACUAA